AUGGAAGUAAAUUUAUUCAGCAAUUCUACUGUUGUAAACAGUUCAUCCAUCAACCAUAAGCAGCUGGAAGGGCACAGCCUCUGGGAAGUCAUUACUAUUGCCACCGUGACUGCAAUCGUAAGCUUAAUAACCAUAGUGGGAAAUAUUCUUGUAAUGAUCUCCUUUAAGGUUAACAGUCAGCUCAAAACCGUCAACAACUAUUACUUGCUCAGCCUCGCCUGCGCAGAUCUCAUCAUUGGAACAUUCUCCAUGAACCUUUACACGUCCUACAUCCUCAUAGGCCAUUGGUCUCUCGGAAGCCUCGCCUGUGACCUGUGGCUAGCACUGGACUACGUAGCUAGCAACGCCUCGGUGAUGAACCUGCUGGUGAUCAGCUUUGACAGGUACUUCUCCAUCACCAGGCCUUUAACCUACAGGGCCAAACGCACGCCCCGGCGAGCCGGCAUCAUGAUUGGGCUGGCUUGGCUGAUCUCCUUUGUGCUGUGGGCACCAGUCAUCCUGUGCUGGCAGUACUUUGUGGGUGAGCGAACAGUGCCACCUGAGGAGUGCCAGAUUCAGUUUCUGUACGAGCCCAUCAUCACCUUUGGCACUGCAAUUGCUGCUUUUUACAUCCCGGUGUCUGUGAUGACCAUUCUCUACUGUCGCAUCUACAAAGAGACAGAGAAACGCACCAAGGACCUCGCUGAGCUGCAGGGCUCCGAGUCUGUGGCAGAGUUUGAGAUGAUAAAGCCUCAGAAAGCCUUCCUGAAGUCUUGUUUCAAUUGCAAGCAGCAAAACUUAGCCAAAAGAGAGAGGUGUCAGGCUUCCUGGUCUUCAUCCAGUCGAAGCACAUCAGCCACGGUGAAGGUGUCCCAGGCAGUGAGCACGUGCAACGAGUGGGCCAAGGCUGAGCAGCUAACCACCUGCAGCAGCUACGCCUCUGAGGAGGAGGAGGAAGAGGAGGAGGAGGAGGAGGAGGACAAACUGGCCUCUGAUGCAGUUUUCCAAGUAACUUACACCAGCCCAUCGAAGGGGGAGGUGGAAGAGUUUAAGGAGAGCGUGGCUGCAGUUGGCAAAGGCCAGCCUGAAGAAGAUGCUUUUGAGAGCCAGAAAUACUUCCUGUCACCUGCCAAAGGCCACGCACAGAGAGGUAAGAAGUGUGUGGCCUACAAGUUCCGGCUGGUGGUGAAGGCCGACGGCAGCCGGGAAGCCAACAACGGCUGCCGCAAGGUGAAGAUCACUCCGUGUGCUGCUGCCCUGUCCAAGGAGCCCUCCGUCAAAAGCAUGGACCCCAACAUCACCAGCCAGAUCACCAAGAGGAAGCGGAUGGUCCUGGUGAAGGAGCGCAAAGCGGCGCAGACUCUCAGCGCCAUCCUGCUGGCCUUCAUCCUCACCUGGACUCCCUACAACAUCAUGGUGUUGAUCUCCACCUUCUGCUCUGACUGCAUUCCCCCGACGCUCUGGCACCUUGGGUAUUGGCUCUGCUAUGUGAACAGCACUGUUAACCCCAUGUGCUAUGCCCUCUGUAACAAAACCUUCAGGAAGACUUUUAAGAUGCUGCUUUUCUGCCAGUGGAAGAAGAAAAAGGUGGAGGAGAAACUCUACUGGCAGGGCAAUAGCAGACUGCCAUGA